CUGCAAACGCGACAAGGCCAGCCAAUAUGACUGUUACUGCAAACGCGACAUGGCCAGCCAAUAUGACUGUUACUGCAAACGCGACAAGGCCAGCCAAUAUGACGAUUCCUACAAGCCCCAUUGUUGCAGCAAACGCGACUGUUACAGCAAACGCCACGAGGCCAGCAAACGCGACAACAGCGGCACACCCCCUGAAUACUGACAGCACAGUGGAAACUCUUCAGACUCCUCUUUCUAGGGCAGCAUGUGGGACUACGGAGCUUUGUGUGGCUGAGCCCUCGAGCUGUGACCCCUCCACAAGUUCCUGUUUCUUUCUGAGUGCCAUGCUGAUCAGCGGUAAUAAAUUUGCGUUUGGGCUCUCUGGAGAGUCUGACGGCUACAUUGCUGCCACCCUUUCACCGGACGCCACACUGGGAGGAAAUGACCCAACCUAUGUCUGUGCAAAUAACAGAGGUGCUGUUAAAUUCGUCAGCACAUUCCUCAACAAUGGCCACCUCACAGUGACAGUGCUGAAUGUGAGCUCUGUGAAAGGCAAGGUCGAUGGAAGAAAUAUCCAGUGUACAUUUGCUACCACUGUACCAACCCCAGCUGCUAGAGCUUCCAAUUCCGUACUCGCAGUCUCCACUGGACAUUUCAACAGCACUAGUGGUACCCUGGGACGUCCAACCCCAAGAAUACAGAGUUCCGUUGUAGACCUGGCGAAUCCCAAGGUCACAGUCAUUAACAACGUUGCCCUCAACACCACUAGCCACGCAAUGACAUUCCAUCAGUCUUUGACCCAAGUGGUGCUGAUCACUGUGGGUGUGCUCAGGCUGGCAACAUUCUGAGGAAACUGAAACCCCGAAGACGAGAAACCAUGGACAAGCAUGAUGGUUGUCCACUGAAAGGUGGAGGAUGAUCACACUUCUACAGGAUUUCGACUACUGUUAUUUUAAAGUUUUUCAUUCAAAAUAUAAUAAAUUGUUUUAUUUAUAACCAAA